AUGUCGACCUUCCUGACUGGAAAUCCACAUCUGAAGGGCUAUACUCUCUCCAGGCUCAUCGGCUUCACGUGUUCUGUCGCAUUUAUCCUUUUCGGAUAUAAACAAGGCGUAAUGGGAGGUGUGAUCACAGGACCACAGUUCACGCAACGCUUCCCAUCGAUUGACACAACGAGUGGACAUGGAAACGCACAGCUACAGGGUUUCACUCUGGGAAUCUACAAUAUAGGCUGCUGGGCGGGUUCCUUGCUUACAAUGGUAAUCGGAGAACCACUAGGCCGUAAGAGGACUAUCAUUGUCGGGGCCAUCAUCCUGGCUACCGGCACAAUUAUACAAUGCGCUUCGUAUUCCCUGGCUCAGCUUCUGGUUGGUCGAAUAAUUACUGGCACCGGAAAUGGGAUUAUCACGUCAUCUAUCCCGGUGUGGCAUGCCGAACUCAGCAAAGCAAAGUCACGGGGAAAGCUCAUUACUACAGAGCUUUCUACCAAUGUUGUAUCUGUGGCCUACUGGGUGGACUAUGGGAUGUCAUUUGUGAACAAUGAAGCAGCCUGGCGAUUUCCCAUCGCUCUUCAAGUCUUCUGCGCCGUAUCUACGAUUGUUUUCAUCCUGUUUCUACCCGACACCCCACGUUGGCUGCUAAAGCAAGGACGGCACUCUGAGGCUCGGGAUGUGCUUAACCGUCUUUUCAUACAUGAUCCCGAUGGGGCAGCAGACAGGGAGACUCUUGAAAUUGAAGCAGCUCUAGCAGAAGAACGACUUGCACAGGAGCAACUUGGUAAUAAAGGACCCAUUCGAACUAUUUUCACGAAUGGCACGCAGCGUUUCUUCCAUCGCACGAUGCUUGGAGUGUGGGGAAUGAUCAUGAAUCAGCUGACCGGUAUUAAUCUCAUAACAUAUUAUGCGCCUUUCAUCUUCAUUAAAAGCGUGGGUUUCUCCCAGAAGCUUUCUUCGCUUAUGUCGGGUUUCCUCAGCUUGGAGUAUUAUCUUUCGACCCUCAUCCCCAUCUUCAUCAUCGACAAGGUGGGUCGGCGACCACUGCUAUUAUGGGGACUGGUCGGCAUGAGCAUCUGCAUGUUCAUUCUUGCGGGCACCACCUCUGUGGUCGACUUCGGCCCGGGCAUUGUGACAACUGUGGCACUCUUCGUCUACGACUUCUGGUUCGGGAUCGGCUGGAUCCCCGGCCCAUGGCUCCUCGCUUCGGAGUGUGCACCUCUGACCACCAGAAGCCAGUCAGCAGCAUUCGCUACUUCGGCUACUUGGAUCUUCACAUUUCUGGUGGCGGAAAUCACCCCCACCAAGGGAAAAUCUCUCCUGCAGAUUGAUUUGUUGUUCACCGGGCCAAAGGUUCUCUUAGAUAUCUCCGAGGAGGAUAUCAGGGCCAUGCAGAAACGCCAGAUUGAGCACGUCAUUCAAGAACACUUGGUUGACAAGGAAGAGGAGAAAGCAGGGGGUCAACACAUUGAGACGGUGUAA